AUUUCACCACAAAAAAGUUGAGAAUCAAAAAAUUAAACACAACCAAAUAUUUUUGUUAACUGCUUUUUAUAAGUUCUCAGGUAUGAAAUCAUGUAUGUUAUAUUCUGAAUUUUGAUCAUUCAAUAUUAUAUACUAUGGGUUUUUGCUUGAAAACAAUUAUUGGGCUAAGGAGGAACAAAAGACGAAAAUCCAAACAACUCAAGGGUACAAGCAGUGCAUUUAAUGAGCCAAAGGGAGAUGUUCUAGUUUCUAGUGCUCAUUAUUCAAAUGGAACUUCAUCUUCAAAAAAGAUUACUCACAAGACUAAAUUUACUCACAACACUGCUGCCACUAAAAUUCAGACUGCCUUCAGAGCUCAUUUGGCAAGAAAAGCUCUACGGCGUGUAAGGGGCGCAGUGAGAUUCCAAGGUGUAAUUGAAGGGCUAAGUGUAAAUAAUCAAAUAGCAGGGACUUUGAAGCGAAUACAUUGUUGGAGCAAAAUACAAUCAGAGAUCAGGGCAAGGCGAUUCAUUAUGGUGACUCAAGAUCACAAUAAACAAAAGAAAAUUCAAAAUCAACAAAAACUGGAGGCUAAGCUUCAUGAGCUUGAGGUGGAAUGGAGUAGUAGUGCUGAAACCAUAGAAGAAAUACUCCAGAAAUUACAACAGAGAGAAGAAGCUUCAAUUAAGAGGGAGAGGGCAAUGGCUUAUGCAUUUUCUCAUCAGUGGAGAGCCAAUUCGAAUCAAUAUUUUGGACAAGCAUAUUAUGAUCUUGGCAAGGAGAGCUGGGGUUGGAGUUGGAUGGAGCGUUGGAUCGCGGUUCGACCAUGGGAGGCUAGAGUUCAAACAAACCCUCACCAAGUUGCCAAGAUAACUAGUAAAGCUACAAACUUGGGACCUAUGAAACUAGUUGUCUCAGUUAAAAAUCCAGCAAUUUCAAAUGGAAAAGAAUCUACAAGAGGAAGAAAAUUGUCCAUCUCUACUAAUGAAAAUCAAGUUUCUCAAGAGGAUGAUAUUUGAUUGGCAAACUCAAACUACUUGAUACUUGAAUAUCUAUAUCUUUUUUUUUUGGAUGAUUGACAUGUUUAUUAUUUGGCUUUUUAUAUUUUAGUGUGGUGAUGGAAACUUUGUUUUAUGUUAUUUUUGUUUUUUGCUGUUUUAUGUAACAUAUUGGUGACAUUAGGGCUGUAAAUGGCAAACCGAUAAACCGCACCAAAUCGACAAAUCGAAUCAAACCGG